GAGUGCAAGGUACGAGUGUCUUGAAAGGUAUUUUGUUGUUUGCUGCCACCCAAGUGGUUACACAUUCUUCAUCUUAAAAGGACUGUGAAUUUCUCACAAUUUACUAAAAAGCCAAUCGUAAUGAAAUGAAAGACACCUAAAAUGCACAAAAGUCGUUGAUGCGUAAAUAUUCACAUUGUAGCUUCUUAUAUCCUAACUCUCAUUCGUGAUCAAUUAUAAAUACGUUACGUAGGUAAUACAUUGAUAAUACUAUAUAUUAAUUGUGCUGUUUGUAUGAAGGUGUGUUGCGUAAAUAGAGCAUAUGUAUAAAAAAGAGAGGGUUUGAAAAGUUGAUAAAGGCUGAACAUGUGAGACUACAUGAUUGCAACACAACUCAUUCGAUUGCCACACAAGAUUGGCAAUCGAAAAAAAAAGUGAAUUCAAUAUAUUUUACAAGAAUGCUCCAGGCCGGAUAUAAAAACGCGUAAUUGCAUGUUAGAAUGAAAACAGUCCACUGUCAUGUAUCCCUUAAAUCCACGAGAGUACACCGAAGCCUCAUUUUAUCCACACCAAUUAAAUGACACAUUUGUAUAUUUCGAGAUGGGUUCAAUGAUUGUAACUGGAGUAUAGGGACCAUAACAGUUGGGGCUGUAUUUGACCAGGUGUGAUGAAGCCUAGAUAUGAUUCAAAUGGGAACAUCCCCAACUAGGAAGACUUCCCUUUCUGUUCAUAGAAGUAGGUGUCGUUGCCAAAUUACCCAUUUGUCGAAAUUAAUGGAUCCAUUAUAAGGCGGUUAACCUCCUACGGUGAGCAAACAUCCUUGGCUGUGCUGUCCUCAGAGAGGUUUGACCAUUUUCUCGAUAUUUUCUAUACGAUUGAAAGCUUUAAUUUGUCCCUAAAUAUCAUGAAAAUAUUUUGUAGUGAUAUUAUAUAUCUAAUAUAUUAGUCACGAGUUAUUAUCCAAAGGAAAAGUUGUUCAAUUGCAAUUUUCUCGUUAGAUGUUGAGAAUACCGUUUCAAUUAAAUCUACUAUCUGUUCACACCUUGUUAACCAUACCAUUAGCCUUGCUUUACAUUCGCUGAUUGUUGAUUUACAUUUGCGACUAAAUAGCAUAUUUUAUGGCUGUUGUCCGAGGGUUUAGGGACACCGUAGCCAAUGCUGUAGCGUUUGAUAUAAAACCUGAAGCUUCCAAAGCUCUCCAGUCACUCCAACUUCGGACUUCUACUGCAUGCUAGAGAACAAGACAUAGAUGCUCCAAGGACCCACAACAAGAACCAUGUACCAUUACUUUAUCUCUGAGAUGUUACCUGUUGCUAUGAUCAUUGCCAUUGCCACGUUAGUGAGCAUGGCUACUGCAAGAUCAUCACUAAAUUAUUUGGAAAGCCACUUUUCCAUGGAGAACGAGUCUGAAGAAGUGCGUUCUGCAGCUAUCAAGAGGCUGCUGGAGGUGUUUGGGAUGGAGGAUGCUCCUCUCCUCCGGGGCGACAAGCAGCCGCCUCAGUACAUGGUCGACCUGUACAACACUGUCGCAGAUGUGGACGGAGUUACCAAGGACCCCUACAUUCUGGAGGGGAAUACAGUACGCAGCUUCUUCGACAAACUGCACAGUGAACAAAUUGAGUUCCUGUUCAACUUGUCCAUGGUGGCCAGUAGUGAGAAGGUUCUAACCGCGGAACUCCAUCUCUUCAAGCUGCGCCCUCAGGUUUCUGCAACAUUCAAUAGAUACCACUUCUGUCAGGUCAGUGUCUACCAGCUUCUGGAUAGCAGCAAAAUGAACAUUACUCAGGGGAAGAAGCUGCUGUCUUCCAGACUGAUCCCUGUCCCCUCCACAGGCUGGGAAGUGUUCACCAUUACACAAGCUGUGCGUUCCUGGAUGGCUGUUGAGGGCAAUAACCUGGGUCUUCUGGUCACAGUGCAGACCCUGGGAGGAAGCCAGAUGGAUGAGAAGGUGGUGCGUUUUUCUUCAGGCCGUAACCACCAUAAAAGCAAGCAGCCCAUGCUAGUGCUGUUCACUGACGAUGGCCGCCGUGCAGCCGCUCUGGAUAAUACAGUCAAAGAUCCCAAUGAGACCCCAGCUGUCCCUGGCCUGUCCAACCUCCCCAACACCCCAGGCUUCCACCGUAGCGCCCGCUCCCUGGACUAUGACGAGGACGUAGAGAAGAUGACGUGCCAGCGCCUGCCACUCUACGUGGACUUCGAGGAGAUCGGCUGGUCCGGGUGGAUCGUGUCGCCUCGGGGUUACAAUGCCUACCACUGUAAGGGCUCCUGCCCCUUCCCCCUGGGCCAGAACAUGAGACCCACUAACCACGCCACCGUCCAGUCUAUCAUCAACGCUCUGAAGCUGACUAAAGGCAUUGAAACGCCGUGCUGCGCGCCAGACAAGCUCUUCUCCAUCAACCUGCUGUAUUUUGAUGAUGACGAGAAUGUGGUGCUGAAGCAGUAUGAUGACAUGGUGGCAGGAAGCUGCGGCUGCCAUUGAGCUGGAUGGACGGACGGACGGACGGACGGACGGGGGGGGGGUGACUGUGCUAAACCAAGAUGGCUGACACGGAGCAGCAGUGUAUCUCAUUCAGGAGGGCACAACGUUGCAAACCUCACAGAUAGAAAUGUCUUGUAUAGAGCUCACACCCUUCUACAUGACAGAGAAUGAUGUUUGUUAGAUGUGAUAUAUUUCUGAUUGUUCUGUAACCUUGCGCCCAACUGAAUGCGACUGUGCUCUGUGUGGAUGGAUGACUGCCACAGUGCUGUACAACGCUGACCAAGGUGUAUUGUGUCAAAGCAAAUGAGGACAAAUAUUAAAAUUUCAGUCUAGGUGUUGGUAUAAAACCACCUCUUACACUCAGCGAUGAAGAUGAAGAUGAAGCAGUAUGCAGGCAGAGUCCUACGUGUAACAUAUGUAAAUAGGUAGAAAUUAUAAUAUAUGACAGGGCAUGACUUGGAUUUCCUGUGACAGAUGUAA